UUGUGACAGCGUUUUGUUUUGGUUUUACUUUUACUUGACAAACUUCGCAAUAUUUUACAUUAGAAAUACUGAAUUAAACACUCUGUAUAAAUAAAUAAAAAUGUUAGCUACGACUAGUAAUACUUCUGGUACCGGUGCCGGUAUUCCGGACAAAGCAUGGCAGCCACAUUUUGUAACACUUGAAACAACCAUGGGCGAAAUUACAGUAGAGCUUUACUGGAAACAUGCGCCCAAUACCUGCCGCAAUUUCGCUGAACUAUCACGUCGUGGUUACUACAACAAUGUAGUUUUCCAUCGGAUUAUUCGUGAUUUUAUGAUACAAGGCGGUGAUCCAACUGGCACUGGACGUGGCGGCACUUCAAUUUAUGGCAACGAAUUCCCUGAUGAAAUUCACUCAGAUCUUAAGCAUACCGGUGCAGGUAUAUUAUCAAUGGCCAACUCUGGGCCCGACACAAAUGGUUCGCAAUUCUUCAUCACAUUAGCACCUACGCAGUGGCUAGAUGGAAAACACACAAUAUUUGGACGAGUGUAUUCAGGAAUGCAGGUUGUAAAACGUAUUGGCAUGGCGGAGACUGAUAAAAAUGAUCGACCGGUAGAUAGUGUGCGAAUAGUUAAAGCGAAAGUAGAAAAAUACUAAUUGUGCAUACAACUAUUUUAUAUUUCUAUAAAAUUAUGUAGUUCAGAUAUUCAUUUUUAUAAUAAUUUUAAUAACUCGUUUAUAAUA